AGGUGAAACUACACAAGCAGCAACCCCUUCCCGCCUUCAGAAAUCCACAGAGACGACUCUACUGCGGUUUUUUACUACUGAGCCUAAGGAGCGCAACUUUUCGGACACUUCACAGUUUUUGAUUUCGUUUUUAGCGACUGCGGCACACUAGCCCCCGAUCCGAAGUCCAUCUCUUCAUUCUAACUCGUGGGUAGUCCUGCGCAUUAUACAUAAAGCUGAAGCUCAGCGUUGCACAGGUGUUCAUUUCUGCUUUUCCAGUACAUUAAAGAACAGCGCAGCUGUUGCGUGUUCAAUAAGGCACGAGCAUGGGACGACACUCCACCACCAAGCGGGCCACCCGGUCGUGGGCGCUCGCCGUCACGGGAACUACGUCCGCGCGUUCAAGCUGUCCAAUGUCGGCCGUUUAUUGCGCUGCAACCUGUCUCGGACUAGAGCAGUUGCUAGCAUGCUCCUGAGAUCAAUGAGAUCGAAGAGAUAGGCUCUAAGUAUACCGAUUAUAGGUAGACGGUCAACUACUAGCCUAGAGGGGUCACACGAGUAGGAUCACAGUACUAGAAUCACUAGGACCACAUGGGUCACACACUACACCACUAGGAUGGUGACAGGAUGAUAACCAUAUCAAUGGCAACAACGUACACACAGUGCCAGAAUGGCUUCUGGUCUACGGGCCAGUAGCUGGAAUAACGAAAAGCCCUUUCUCUCCGUAGUACCUACUAGGUAGGUGCUUAGAUAGUAACUCUGUUCUCUAUCUUCGGACAGCAUGCUAGUGAGCAUACCCAGUCCCUGACGCUUUGAGACGUCCCCAGUGGGAAAGGUAAGAACUACUAGCCCCCUUCCCCCCAUAGGUCCCUGCAUAAGAGCAGCGGACGAGCCACCCAUGCUCAGGGCUGUAGUCGCCUCCCUGUGUGGCUAUGCCGCGCUUGGAGUGCCGAAUUAGCGCAAGGCGCUAGAAAGGGCAAAAGUCCCCUCGCACAACAUCCGUCGAUGACGCAUGUUGGAGCGAGUGCGGGACAGCAUGAAAUGUUUAGGGUACCGCAAUCCCAGAGAUGGGAGCGCGCGGCAUUUGAAAGCCUACGAAUAGGGAGCGAUGUAUGCCUCGUGCAUAUUUUUCCUCACCUAGCUUCAAAAACUUCGAAGGCCUGAAAGCCUUAGCCUUGAUAGGAGUAUGCUGAGGAUAGCACUCAGCAAAUAUUCUUAGCCUUACAAAUUCAGCACUCGCGCACCAUCACAAGCGCACCGCGUUGCUGUUCGAAGCUUCGCGCAUAUAGUUGAAUCUCGGUCAGAAGAUUCGACUAGAGAUCUCGGGCAAGAGAUGCAUGGCUCCACGGCUCUCAGGACGGAUCAUACCUUGAUCCUGAUUCUGAGACCCGAGCAGCAUAUGCUUGCGUUUACCGCUUUGUAUUAGUGGCAAGACACAUUUGCCGAGUAUUAUGAGCUUCAGGCUCAUCGUAGAUUUUACUACAACUCUACCAGUUUCACUACUGUGCGCCCCGUAGUAGAUCAGCAAUAGAUGAUUGCUGACUAUGUAUAGAUUUUCUCUUCAUCGUUUUGGCAGCUACUCCGACUCAUUUGAUCAGGAGCAGGGGAGUGUAUUGCGCAGCAACUUGUCGUAGACUAGAGCUGACGCUAGCAUGUUCCUGAGAUCAAUGAGAUCAUAGAGAUAGGCCAACCGUAUACCGAUAGGUAGAUGAAGAUCUAGACACAUAGAGGGGCCGCACUAGUAGGAUCACACCAAGGGGAUCACUAGGAUGACUAGGAUCACACGCACUACACCACUAGGAUGGUGAACCAGGUAACCAUGACAAUGGUAUCAAUGUAAAUGAAUACAGUGCCAGAAUGGCUUCUGGUCUCCGGGCCAGUAGCUUGAAGAAACAAAUGCCCUGAACUCCGUAGCACCUUAACCUCUUAGGUGCCUAGAUAGUAACUCUGUUCUCUAUCUCAGGACAGCAUGCUAGUGCGCAUGCCAGUCCUCGGUGGUUGACACCUCGACAAACUACGUCCGCGUUCAAGCUGUCCAAUGUCGGCCGUCCCAUUUUGAACGGCAGGAGAGAUCGUCGCGAUCCGGCCGCGGCGGGACCAACGGACUCGGAAUCCUUCGCCUCGCUGCUGCAGCAAAAAACGAAAAAUAAAGUCGGCACCCAGAAAGUCAAAGCGGCGAAGGCCUCGUCGACGUCGCGGAAGGGAGAAAAGAGCGACGCACUACUGUACCAACUGCAACAGGCAAAGGCCGAGCUAACGGAGGCAGAGGCGGAGCUCGAGGCGGCAAGGGAAGAGCUGGAAGAGGCAUCCUGGAAGGCCGCCGCGGAGCUGCAGGAGAAGCACCACCUAGCAAUGAAGGGUGCUGUGUACACGUCUCCCGCUGAGGCGCAAGCGGCGAACCUGCCUACCCUGUACCGUCCUUUUGACCUGAUGGCCGUGUGCGAGAAGGACUUUUUCGAAUUUGUUGUUCAGUGCUGCCGCGACGAAUUCAGCUCUGCGGCGAACUCAAUGGAAAACACGGCGCCGCUGGUAUCCCGGACGCAAGAAAGCUAGCAUCCCUGAAAAGAAAUUAUGUGAUACUGCGGAAAAAUAGAAAAGAGAAAGACGCACGCCUGUGGUAAGUAAAAACAGCGUGUGCGCUGCUAUGUCAUGGGCGUCUUGUAGCCCGUGUGGCCACACCUUUAUUUGUCAAUAAGCAAGCACCAAACUGAUGAUGAUGAUAACGGCGGUAUGAUGAAUGAUUUUCUUCAUUUUUCCAAAUAAACAUAAGCUGGAUGAUGUGAUGCGCGCUGUAGCUUUCUCUUGCUUUGAUAGUCGAGCGAAGCGGACAAGGUGUGGUGUGAUGAAAUGGUGCAGAAGUUUAUCAAAGUGAAGACCUCUCCUUCGUUCCCACGUUCAAACAAGGACUGAUUUUGCAGGAUUGGCGUAGUCAAGUCGUCUUGCAAGAAAGCUAUGGCUUAGUACGAAUGUUCUGUCACGCUAUUGCUUUGCGUGGAGUGCCUUCGCCUAUGAAACCGAAUAGGCGACAGUCAUUCGCUGCUAUUCGCGACUAGAAUCCGUAUUCUUUGUCUUCUUGCGUGACAUAACCAAAGACAGCAUCAGUCGAUAUCUUCUCUCCAAUACGGAGAGGGGUGAUUUUUUCUCGCUAUAGAGUUCGAUGGCGCGCGGGCGAACCACCCGGAGCUGAAGGCGGUUGGCGGUUGUCCGGCACGCGUGUCGCGCGACAAAUUUACCCAACAGACAAGUACACCCGUACCAGAUAAAGAAGAAAUAUGUCCAGGUUUUUAUUGUUGUGUCACAUUUUGCUGUCCAGCAUGAAAAGUUUUUGGGGCACCUUUAUCAUGCUGAUGCGCGUAAUAAAUUAUGUACAUUCCUCAUUCUGCAUGAGUUCCCGUUGCCGAUCAGCACCACCAACAGAAAAACACCAACAAACGUUUAUAGUUGUUUUGUGGUAUGGCAAGGGGUACACUUUUCUAUUGGAUACAAUUUUGUUCUCAUGCUGACACAGAGGCCAAGCUCUCUAUGCUCUCUUCGAAGGACGCGGUGAACUUCAAAGGGCCGUGGAACGUGGAUUGGCCCCUUCUUUACCGGGAAACCACGGAUGCGGACUUGCUGAAAAUUACGGACUCGUAUCCAUUGCAAAUUUACAGUCUGGGUCGGUUUGUAUAUGCAGGUGUUGAUUCGCCUAGAAGGUCGGACACGCAUCCCACAGCAAUUUUUUUUGUUCUGGGGAAGUAGUCACCUCCAAGAUUACAUACUCCUGCCUCUGUUGCACUUCGAACGCGCCUGCUUCUGUUGCCCAUUCAAUUUCUCAGCGGACAGGGCGAGACAAGGCCUCCGGCUGCGCUGCUUUCGGUCCGUGGUUCGUAGGAGGGUCCGCGACUUCCUUUCAUCAUGCUCAUCACCUAUCAUGAAAUUCCACCGAGAUAGCACAUUCGGGCUUUGCAGCAACUGCGAAGCCGCGCGGCCCUGUUAAUUCAAUGCAGCACGAAUACUCAUGGUCGGAAUUACGGGCGAGGCCCGAAGGCCACUCAGCACGAAGCGCAUCGGCUCACCGUGUUUUAUCUUUCAGGCCCAUGACAACGAUCCCCGUUAUUUAACCGGGAAAGGGGCCGACGGACCUGGUCGGUCUUUAUUUGGUGGGGACUCUGCUCGGAGGCGCAUCAUGCUCAGCAGAUUCGGUGCUUUAGACCCUGACUCGGAAGGGUUCUGAUCACAUUGCCAACAGCUUCGCCUGAGAAGUUUCGCUCGCUUGCUUUUGCGGCGUGACAACGCGGGCGAAGGUCUCGCUGACCGUGAGCGUGAUUAUAUAUAAGUUUGCACUUUUGAUCUCGGCACAGACAAGAUGUUUGCACUGGAUACCAAGCUCGUGAGGGUCACUUUUCCGGUGGUUUUGGAUGCCGACCAGUGCACGAAGGUCCGCGCUGGGCUGCAAAAGAUGUGCUGCAUUCAGGAUAUGCACCGAAAAAGUAUGGCACUAGUAGUAAUCGCGCAACAAAUUUGAUCUGAAGAGAAAAUGGAACCUUUGAGGACGCACAUUCAGCUAAGAAAGUACUAUCGUCAUGCACGCUUGCGAUUAGUAUUAGUACGAGUGCGAUGCUUUGACACAGGAUGCAAGACCCAAUGUCCUUCACGGACCUUGAGAAACGGCUCUGCAACUCCAUCGCGACGUCGUACAACAAGCUGGAGGCGACGACAGCGGUACUCUGAGUAAAAACGUCCCCAUGCCCCCUCUCAUGCACAGCCACAUGUAUGGGCAGCGUUUCUUUUCUAGUACUGCUUUUGAAUUUGUCAUCCUAUGAGGAGAGGAUCGAUUUGGAUUUCGACUUCACGGGCUUCACGUGACCACAAUGCGAGCCCAGCCUUGUCAUGCGCGACAGCCAAAGCCUCUCCAUGUGUGUAAGUAGCAAAGCCCCCACCUUGACAUUGACUAUGACAUCGGGACAUUUUCACACAGGAUAAGCGGACGCAACCUGUCCCCCGCUGGUUUUCAAGGAAGUCUGCGGGAACGACAACUUGAGCCUCAGUUCGACGGACGAGUCUCUCGGGCCGGAAGAUUCGACGGACGGGCCGCCCCAAGGCCUCGCUUCUUCGAAUGCGGCGGGCGCCGCAGAGGAAGCGGGAUGCUGCUAAAAGCAGUCGCUCGGCCAGGGAUCCAGCUAAAAGCCUAUCGUUUUCCUUUUUCUGCAAAUUAAAAUUUUUACUUACGCAAAUGCCAGUCUUACACGCCGCUCGACUCUUCAGACGGCGUUUGCCUCGACAAGAGCAUGAAUCAGCAAGAAGAUGAUCAUCAUUCCAUUUCGCAUUGCACUUUCACGCACAACUUUUUCAAGAAGUAGUACUGUAUGAUGUUUGCACAGAACUCUACUCAGAGCUACGCAGCUUCCAUACAUGCGCAAGUAGAAGUAGCACCCAAAGUAAGUAUUUGAAUUGUUUCUAAUAAAUAAAACUUCGCAAUUUUAUACAUUUUUUCAACACGCAAGCACCUUUUAAACUCCGUAAACCGUUAACGUAAGUAUACUAGAGCAAAAAAACAACACUAAUUCCCUGCCCCUCUCAACCUCUCAACGCCCCCCUUUCCCACCAUAGCUCUCCACGCGAACGAAAGUAGGAUGAUGGCGCGCAAAGUCAAACAAAGCAGCUGCAUGUACGUGGGCAAUCAAUCUAUUUUCAGUAUGGCAGUAUACAACCUGCACAACUGCUAUACGGGCAAACAGAGUACAGUAGCAGCUUUUAGAACAGGAUUUAUUCUCACGUUUUCCUCAGGAUUUGUUUACGUUUCUCC